UCUGGGGAAUGGAGGGGGCUCAGCCGGCUUCCUGCACAUCUGAUGUCUGCGUGAUUCCAGCUUAUGACUAGUGUUCGGUGUCACUUUCCCUACUCAAGUCCCUUAAUGCCCUUGUGUUAGUCUACUGGCAGGUACAUCCUGGUGACCCCCCGAGUUCUGAGGGUUGGCAGUCCGGAGAGCAUUCACAUUCAGGCCCACUCAGACUCCAGACAACCCCUCACAAGGACCCUCAAGGUGAACCUCACAGUAUGGGACUUCCCCAUGAGGAAGACAGUGUUGGCAAGGAGCCAGCUCAUUCUCUCACCAGGAAACAACUUUAUGGACCAGGCACCUGUGACGGUUCCCGAGAGCCUGGUGUACCUCCCAAAACCAGGACAGCAAUAUAUCAUCAUCCGGGCAACUUGGGCACCCACCUCGGGCUCCUCAUUCAUGGAGAAGAUGGUGCUGGUGGCUCUUCAUGCUGGCUACAUCUUUAUCCAGACGGAGAAGACCAUCUACACCCCUGAGUACUUGGUUCACUACCGGGUGUUCACUGUGAACCACAAGAUGGACCCUGUGACCAGGACAUUCACUCUGGACAUCAAGGUGGUCUUUCCCGAUGAGGGGUGGGAGGUGGUGGUGGAUCCUGGACACUGGGGUUACACGGUGUGCUGAAUUCCUGGGGGCAUGAGCCACCAGGGCCCUCCCAGAGGGCAGUCACCAGCCCACCCCCUAUCCCCACAGAACCCAAAGGGAAUCACCGUGAUUAGCCAGAGUCUGAUGGCCAAGGAUGGCUUCUUUUUCAGCUCCUUUCACCUCCCAGAGCUUGUCAGGUGCCCUUGUCAGGUCUGGGAGCCCGAGGGGUGGCAAGGGAGGCUGUCAUUCUCUGUCUCCAUCUCUCUUAACUUUCUGUGCCUCAGUUUGGGGACCUGGACCAUCGAAGCCAGCUACCAAAGUACACCCAAGCAGAAGUUCAAGGCUGCCUUUGAUGUGAAGG